UCGCAUCCAAACACUGAUUAAUCCUUCUCUCUCUCUCCUCAAAAGGAAAAUCCCCACUAAACCUCCCGCCUUGUAAUUUUCAACUUUCCGCAAAAUCUCUUUCCUCUCUUCGUGAUCGUUCGUACUUUUUUUGAAACUGAGGAAGGUGCUCGACAAUGGAGGAAUGUACCGACAACAUAAGGAAGCGACUUCGGGAUGACUCCCGAGAUAACUCGGGGUCUUGCGGUAUUAACUCGCCCGACCCGAAGCGUUUGCGAGUGGAUUUAGAGAAUUCCACCGAUGACUCGGGUGAUUCGACUCUUGUACGAGUCGACUCGAAUGAAUUGCCGUUGGAGUCUCCCGAGGUGCAGCGGAUCCAGGACGACCUACUCCAUAUCCUGGAUGAGGACACGGUAACGGAACGUGACCCGGACCCGGAGAUCCAGGGGCUUGAAUCGGUGAUCAGAAGCUUCGAAGAAGAGAUACUUGUUGCGGCUCCGGAGCUAGCACCGGUAGUUCUCGACCAAACAUCUGACUCCGGCGACUCUCAGCUGGAACUCGGUUACCUUCUUGAAGCCUCCGACGACGAACUCGGUCUCCCGCCAACAAUAUCCCCCAAAGAGGAAACAAAGAUCGAGGCCGUUGAUUUCGAGACUAGUUCUUCGGGCGCCACUGGAUGGACUGGAUUGUUAGGGUUCGAGAGCGAGAUACCGAAUUACGACACGUUCGAGUUCGGUGUCGGUUUCGACCCUUACAACAAUACCGACGAUACUAGUGGCGAAUUUGUGGCGUUAGGAGGGUUGUUUGAUUAUACAGAUAGGAGUUUUGAACCGGCCGAUAACUCGGAAUUUUUGUAUUUGCCCGAGUAGCUCAAUGCUUGUUUCAAACGUUUCGGCUACCGGGGUUUUGUUUGGACCCGUGACGUUUCGUGCAAAUACUUGACUGUUGAUACACUAGAUUGUAAAUUCGGAUACAGGGGAAAAAAAAAAAAAAUGUAAAGUAGGCCUGACUUUUGAAA